AAUCCGUUUCAUUUAAUUAAACUCCUCACCCAAUAAAGUAGAGAAAGAGUGAAAUGGGCUAUGACAUCUGUCGCGGACUAGGACUUUACUGCACUGAUACGGUAGGACAAGGGUAGAAAUUGUGCAAGCGGUCGCGGAGUACCGCAGACUUGGUGUAACUACUAUUUGUCUCCUGUUCUUUAAAGAAAUAAUAGCACCUUGUGGUAUCUGGAAGAAAAUGUGAAGCUCGCUGGGUGUGUGAGGCUCUGGCUCACCGUGAUUAGAACAGUUUUGUUGUGGAAGACUCCGGUGGCACGGGUGCUUACCUGCACUUAUGUGAGUGCACCGUACUGGGACAAAAAUCCUUUGCAGCCGAGACAAUAAUAAUAAUAAUAUUCUCUUUAGGAGCGCGCGUGGCGAAUGAUAGACACGUAGGGAGUUAAAAAAAAACUCACAGCCGCUAACACAAGCUGCCUCACGCGCUCCCCUCCCAGGCAUGGGGAGAUGACAUCGCCGUCAGGUACUUUUCUGAGGCCACUUUGAGCUCGUGUGUGUUUGUGUGUUUGGGAGGCAGAGUUUCCGUCUAGCUCGCUUUAGCGCGUGUGAAAUGCCUCGAUCGCUCACAGAGCGCCCUGUGCUGCGGUGUAGCUGCGAGCGCGUGUAAAUGACAUCCCUCAUAUUUUUCUUCCUUUUUUUCUCUUCGGUACAGAUACGUCACGACGGAUCAAACAGCUACCGUUUGAUGCAGCUCGGAUGUUUGGAAUCUGUGGCCAACUCCUCUGUCGCAUACUCUUCCUCGUCUCCUCUCACGUACCCGGCAACCGGAACCGAGUUUGCCUCCCCAUAUUUUCCUUCGAACCACCAAUACACGCCCUUACACCACCAGUCCUUUCAUUAUGAGUUCCAGCACAGUCACCCGGCCGUGAACCCGGACGCCUACUCGCUCAAUACGCUACACCACUCCCAGCAAUACUACCAACAACUCCACCACGGCGAGCCGGCAGACUUCAUCAACCUACACAACGCCCGGGCGCUCAAGUCGUCGUGCCUGGACGAGCAGCGGCGGGAACUGGGGUGUCUGGACGCUUACCGGCGACAUGACCUCUCCCUGAUGAGCCACGGCUCCCAGUAUGGCAUGCACCCCGAGCAGAGACUACUGCCCGGAGCCGGGUUGGGACUUCCGCCUCCAGGGGCCGAGGACCUACAGGGCUCUGUGGACGCACAAUGUGGACUUGUUCUUAAUGGCCAAGGAGGAGUCAUCCGUAGAGGUGGCACGUGUGUGGUGAACCCCACAGACCUGUUCUGCUCAGUGCCUGGCAGACUGUCCCUCCUCAGCUCCACCUCCAAGUACAAGGUGACGAUAGCGGAGGUGAAGAGACGCCUCUCGCCGCCCGAGUGCCUCAACGCCUCGCUGCUGGGGGGCAUCUUGAGAAGAGCAAAGUCGAAGAACGGCGGACGGUGCCUGCGAGAGAAACUCGACCGCCUCGGCCUAAACCUCCCGGCUGGCCGGAGGAAAGCUGCCAACGUCACGCUCCUCACCUCGCUCGUGGAAGGUGAGGCGCUCCAUCUGGCCAGGGACUUCGGCUACACCUGCGAGACCGAGUUUCCCUCCAAAGCCGUCGGAGAGCACCUGGCCCGACAGCACACGGAACCCAAGGAACAGAACGCACGCAAGAAGAUGGUGCUGGCCACCAAGCAGAUCUGUAAGGAGUUUCAGGAUCUGUUGAGUCAGGAUCGCUCUCCCUUGGGCUCCUCCAGACCGACACCCAUACUGGACGUAGACAUCCAGAGACACCUCACACACUUCAGUCUCAUCACCCACGGUUUUGGCACGCCGGCCAUCUGCGCGGCCCUCAGCACCUUCCAGACCAUUCUGAGUGAGAUGCUCAACUACCUGGACAAGCACUCGGCCAGUAAGGGCUCGGGCACACCGGACGGCAGCCAGAUCAACACAGACAAAACGCAGCUGCGCAAGUCAACUGAUGCCCCCGCCAAAGACGGCAAGAUGGAGAAAACGGAAUGACUGUCUUGACUGUCUUCCUGUUGUUGUUCGUGGGGGCGGGGUGGGUUGAGGGGGGGCACUUCCUGCUAGUAGGGGAGAGUGAAUGGGCAGGGUUUAUUUGUGCUGGUGGGUGGACCUGGAACUGCCAAGAGGGUGUGGCUGAGAAGUUUGUCGUUUUCUUCGUUUUAUGUUUUCUUUCUUUCCCCUCCUCGGUCAUUCCUUGGUUUCUUUUUGGGUUGAUUUAUUACACAUGUGCCUCUCUAUCUCUCUAUCUCUCCAUCUCUCCAUCUCUCCCACCUGCCCCUCUGUAUCUUCCCUUAUUUAGUUUAAACGACUGUAGUCUCUGCCACUCAACCGCACAAAGGUACAUUAUUUAUACGCGUUUUUAUAUGAAUUAAGUUAUUGAUUAUUUAUAUUGCUUUUGAAGAAAUGUUUUGUUUGUCCUUUGCGUUAUUAUAAAAUGUGACAUCUUUUGAUUAAAAGAUAAACAUUCCAUCUCUGUGUAGGCCUCAUUGCGGUCUGUAUGGAACUGUAAAGUCGUUCAGGUAACUCCUCGUUGCCGUUAGUAACUGUAUAUUGUGCAUGUUAACGUUUGUACACAUCCAGAACAAACAUUCCACACACUCCUUUAAGAACACAAGACCUGAUUUGAAAAAAAGGGAAACCUUCAGUUGCAUAUGUAAGAAAUUAUAUAUAUAAAUAUAUAAAUGACAACUUUUCUCAUAGGCUUUGAAGUUCAUAUAUGAAAUAUCCUUACUUGCAGAAAUACAGUGUUCAAUAAAGCAUAUUGCUCAAAGUGUUAUAUUUACUUUACGGAUCCUUUCUGUAUUCAUUUGUGUAUUUUCAAAAGUUAAUAACAAAAUGAAAUGACAUUUUCACAACCA